AGCCCAGAUCUCUCCCUUUGACCUUGUGUCACUAUAAUCGAUCACUUGGAAAGAGCUGAAUCAUCGGCUAUUGAGUGCCUCCAUCAGGCAGAUGUCCAACAACAGCUCCUCAUCACGCUCUCGCCUUUCCAUGAAGUUCAAUGUCGAUAUAGCAUCAGCAAUGAUCACAAUUCCUCUAAAAGGCACGCAAGCAAUAAGUAAAUCCUAAUGGCGGCGCCAAGGACAAAAGAUCCAGUGCCUGACUGGAUCGAAAACCCCUACCCGAGCGUUGAGCACAGCAUCAUCUCGUUUCCGGAGAAGUACAUCUUGCUAGUGACAAUCAACAGGCCAAAGUACAUGAAUUGUCUUCCUGUUGAAGCGACAAUAGAACUUGGCGCCUUGUGGAAAUGGUACGAUGCCGAACCCGAACUUCGAUGCGCCGUCUUCACGGGAGCCGGACAGAAGGCGUUUUGCGCCGGGAUGGACCUCAAGCAGAGGCUUGAUAUUAUCAAAACGGACGAUGUCGCUUUUGAGUACCCUAUGGGCGGGUUCGGGGGCAUGAGCAACCGGGUGGGCAAGAAGCCCAUCGUUGUAGCCUGUAAUGGGCACGCGCACGGUGGUGGUUUCGAGAUCGUGUUAAACUCCGAUGUCAUUUUUGCAUCUCCUAACGCCGACUUCCGGUUACCUGAAGUGCAACGUGGAGUCUCAGCUCUGGCGGGCGCUCUCCCUCGCUGUAUGAUGCUGUUUGGCAACCAUCGGACGAUGGAUCUGGCUUUGACAGGCAGGCUCCUGACCGUACAGGAAGCUGUGCAAUGGGGGCUGGUGAAAGAGAUCGUUCCACAGGAUAAAUUGCUCAGCCGUGCAAUCUCAUAUGCUAGAGAGAUUGCCUCGUUGAGUCCGGACAGCGUCAUAAUCACAAGAUUGGGUGCGCGAGAAGCCUGGGAGACAGGUGUAUCGAGAGCCACGAUGAGAGGCCAGGAACUAUACGCAGAGGCAAUGCUUCGCAGUAAAAAUGCCGCCGAAGGACUUGCAGCAUACAGGGAGAAGCGCGAGCCUAGGUGGCUACCCUCAUAUCUAUAGAAUAUAGACCCUUUUACCGUAUUAAGAGAGUUCAGCGCAGCGUACGACAAUCUUCUUCGUCGCCAAUCUUGAGUCAUUCAUAGCCUACUGCCCUUCCAAUGAGGCUGCCUCUUUUCCGAGAAUGCCUUUAAUCCCUCCAAAAUGUUCUCACCCCUUUGAAGCUCGGCAAACUCCCGUUCGAGUGUCAAUUCGACUGCACGUUCCACGGAAGCAGUCUCCCAUC